AUGAGCGAAGGGGUCGCCUCGCCGCCGGGUGCCGCAGCCGCUGCCGAGGAGGGGGCGGCGGCGGCGGCGGCGGGCGGGGGCCCUGCGGCGGGCGAUGGAGGGCCCGAGGCGGAGGGCCGGGAGCUGCGCUGCGGCGAAUGCCUGGUGUGGAACCGGCAGCAGACGUGGCUGUGUGUGGUGCCCCUCUUCAUCGGCUUCGUGGGCCUGGGGCUCAGCCUGAUGCUGCUCAAGUGGAUCGUGGUGGGGUCCGUGCAGGAGUACCUGCCCACCGAGCUGAUGGAUUCUAAGGGGAUCGAGCAGGACCCCUUCUUCCUCUCCAAGCAGCCCACCACGCCGCCCAAGGGCGGGGAGCCCGCCGCCUCGCCCGGCACGGACGCCGCCGCCGCCUCUCAGACGCCCAACCGGAUGAGCACCCGCCUCACCACCAUGACCAAGGCGCCCACCCGCUUCCCGGCCACCCGGGGCCCCAUCCGGGCCAUCCCGCCGCGGACCACCACGGCGCGCCACACGCUGGCGCCCCCGACGCUCCUGGCCGGCGGCAGCACCGGCAGCACCACGGCUGCCGUCGCUGUCCCUUUCAGCACCACGCUCCUCCUGGCCCGCCCGGCGCCCGGCGCCCCUCGGAGCCCGCCUGGGCCGGCCUGGCCCACUGCGGCGUACACUACCUCGUCGUACAAGACUUAUCUUCAGGACUCGGCUCCUUCGUGGACCUUAUCCCCCUUCCAAGAGGCCAGCAGCACCACCACCGCCGCCCCGCCGGAGACCAACUCCAGCCCCAAAUACCAUACCACAACAUAUUCCAUUGAACAAUCUGAGCACUUUAAGCCAUGCAAGGAUAAGGAUCUUGCAUACUGUCUUCACGAAGGCGAAUGCUUUGUCAUUGAAACUCUAACAGGAUCUCACAAACACUGCAGGUGCAAAGAAGGCUACCAAGGAGUCCGCUGUGACCAAUUUUUGCCGAAAACCGACUCCAUCUUGUCAGAUCCAACUCACCAUUUAGGAAUUGAAUUCAUGGAGAGCGAAGAGGUUUACCAGCGACAGGUACUGUCCAUUUCCUGCAUCGUCUUUGGGAUCGUCAUUGUGGGCACAAUCUCUGCAGCCUUCUACUUCAGAACAAAAAAGCAAACGAAGUACAUCCAGGAACAGUUGAAAGAGAUACAGAACGGGAAAACCUACAGCCUUAAUGCUUCCAGCAUCAUGGCAAAAACAGACACCAGGGCCCAAAGCCAAGUCCAGCUGCAAAACGUAAGUAAAUGUGCCCGUGUUAACCCUUAUUAUGCUGGCUGA